AUGGACUGUGCUCCACAGAUAGCUCAAGCAAUAGAAGAAAGCAUUCCACAAGCUCAAAUACUUUGGUGCGGAGUACAUGUUCUUCGUGCAAUUCUUCGCAAAUCAAAUAAGUUUUCUUCUCAAGAAAAAUUUGAACAAUUCUAUAAUUUGAUGAAGGAUUUAGUCUUCAAAUUAGAUGCAGAACAUGAGGAAGAAGCAAAUGCUGCCUAUGAUCAAGUUCUGGAGUUGCUCGACACAGAUCCAACAGCAUCUCAAUACUUUAACAGACAAUGGCGUUACAACAUAUCAAGAUGGAUUGCUCGUGACAGGCGUGAAGGCGACGCAACUAACAAUAUUGCCGAAGCUCAUUUUAGAACACUCAAACAUGACUAUUUUCCUGAUCGAAAAAAUCUCAGAAUUGAUGAUGUUAUUAUAGAAAUUUAUACAAAAGUGAUACCAUCUUUCGUUAUCAAACUCAAAAUUGAUCAAAAUCCAGCAGAUGACCGUGUCAUUAAGAUCAUGGAAAAAGCAACUAACGCAGAAAUUGAUGUAAAAAGACAAAGAAAAAUCGAGAGUAUUUCAAUGCUCAAUAGAUUGCUCAAUGCUGUUAGUGAUGACUCAAUAGAUCCCACUAAAAUAUAUCCUACCUUGAAAGUAUUAUUACAAAGAACUCAUUUUAUUUAA